UUUAUUUAGCCAAAAAAAUGACAAAAUCAUAACAAAAAGAUCUCUGGGAACGCUUUUAAAAUAGCCCAAAAGAUGACCGUUAUUCAUGGGUCUGUAAGUAUUAAGACCUUUAAAUCUUUCUAGCAACAUAGUUACAGCUUUUUUAGUUGGAUGGUGACUGUGGUUUACUGGGAUGCCCAGUUCUUGUGUUCCAGCUGGACACAGAUGACAAAGUGAGAUGUGCCAUCUCUACAGAACAUAAAUCAGAAGAGCUACCCAUCAUCCUUUGUGGCAGAGCUGCAGCUCCAUUUGAGAGUUUGCGACCUUGGAACAUAUAAUUGUUAGUCAUCACCAUUUUCUCGCAGUCAGUUGUUGGGAUGCUUCUUUUUUUUGUGUGUGUGUGUGUCUACGUGUGUGCGUAUGUUUGUGUUUGUGCGGCUUUCUGCUCCCAGUUGGACAAGAUUAUGUUCAGUGUCGUGGAAGAAUUGGAGAGAUAUUAAAUGAGGCUGAUACCAUGCAUUGUCUGCGUGUACGCCACACUCUCCCUCUGCACACUGGAUGAAGACGAAUUAUUACACCGACGAAACUGCAGCAAUAUAAACAAAAUGUAAACACGCGAAAAAAAAAGUCCAAUCCAAUUUUGAAUGAAUAUUAAACGUUGUGAUGAUCGCUAUUUUGGAGCAAUAAGAAACAAGCCAGUGGCAAAAUGUGUUUAUCAUGCUGCAACAAACAUAAAUGCUAAUUUAUGAGCUAUUAUGACGGGGUUUAGUUAAAGCUGAAUCAAAUAUGAGGCCCAAUGUGGGAAACAAAACAUCUGAGAAAACAGUAGAACAAAUGAGCUGCAUGCACACUCAACACAGCCUUCAUAUUCUUUAAUAUGAGCCACAGGCAGUCGCUGACGCUGUGCCUCCUCUCCUCCCUUGCGAGCCAAGUGGAGAGGAUGAUGGAUAUAGCUCCGUGAGGACACAGCGGUAUGCAACAAUACUUGACAUGUUUCCACAUGAGUGCCAACGCAUCAGGCUUCUAAAGGGCAUGAUCCUUUUUUCUUUACCUUUUUACCUCAACGCCCAGCGAACGCAGCAUUAAGUAUGCAACACGUGCCACCAGUUCAGAUCAGAUAAAUUUAAUUGAGACGGCUGAAUAAUUCCGUCUGAUUAUGUGUUUGCGUGAGAGCCCAGUUCUGUUUGGCUGUGGUGAUCAGCAGGACGUGAGUCACACCUUGUGACUCAUAGCUUCAGUGUAAACAAACAGUUUAAAGUCUUUUUAAAAUCCCAUUUUUUCUACUUAGUUACCACUUCAGGCAGCCAUUGUAACCCUGGAAACCCCAGACCCCCCCUGAGUGUCAUGUGGAAUAUUGUUAACAAUCUGAUGAGUGAUGUUCUUGCAGGGAGAUGCAGGGCACCUUACACACACUUUUUUUUUUGAGUCGGACAAAAAUAGCCGGAAAGAAACGUGAGGGAUGUUAUUCAUCCAGGUGUCAGGACAAGCUGGGAUUUUUUUUUUCUGAAACCAGAAAUUGGUUGAUAUUGUGAGGAACUAUUUUAUUUAUCUCCAGUGAAAGAGUUCAUCCAUCCUUGGAAAUCAUUGAUAUUUUGUGACACCUUGUUUUUAGGUCAACUUUUUUUUCUGUUUUGAGGGUGGGAGGGGAGGAGGGGGGGUCUCGGCGUGAUGCUCCAAUGAGCUGACUCUUUGCGCAUGAAAUGACUUGACAUCCUCCCGACUGCCGAGCGCGUGCGCGCGCCAGCAUGGACGGAGGGAGGGAGGAAGGGAGACAGAGAGGGAGGUAGGGAGGGAGAAAAGCAACUUUGUUAGCAGGCAUAGCCGCGUCUCCUCCGGCGCAGCCCGGUGAAAGAGAAGCGUUUGGCAGUUAUGGUUGAUCAGCAGUUCUUUCAUCCUCCUCCGUGCGUCCGCGCCGGCAGAGACGCACAAUAAAUCCUUUUUUUUUGGAUUAAAGGAUCAAUUCACAAAGAAAAAGAAGAGGAGGAGAAAACGCACAUCUUCAUCAUCAGCCGGCGCGAGAUGACAUUGAGGACACCUUAGCAGGAGCGUGACCCACCACUUGCAGGAAAAUGCGGCUUUGGAUUCAAUAUAUUUUGCUAAGUGCAACAUCCGUGUGCUUUGUUGAGAUGUCCGGCCUCUAUGGACAGUUAUGUGAGGAGCUGUGUGCGUGCGAGGAGCGAGAGGGGAUCCUUACGGUGAGCUGUGAAAACAGAGGAAUUGCAAGCCUGUCAGACAUCAGCCCGGUGCACUUUCCUCAAUAUCAUCUGCUCCUCACUGGGAAUCUUUUUAAGAAGCUGUCUGCGGACGAUUUUGUCGAAUACAAAGGACUUACAAUAUUACACUUGGGAAACAAUGAGAUAUCUGAUGUGGAAGCCGGAGCCUUUAACGGACUGUGGAGACUCAAACGAUUACAUCUGAACAAUAACAAAAUCGAUGCCUUGAAGGAGGAGUUUUUCUUUGGCCUUGAAAGUUUGGAGUAUUUGCAAAUCGAUUAUAACUACAUCACUCAUGUGGAGCCAAAUGCCUUCAGCAGACUUCGACACUUGGAAGUCCUGAUUCUGAAUGACAACUUGAUAUCUAGUCUGCCUGUAAACCUUUUCCAGCAUGUACCGUUGACUCAUUUGGACUUGAGAGGGAAUCAGCUCAAAGUGCUUCCCUAUGUGGGUCUGCUGGAGCACAUGAACAGUGUUGUGGAGCUACAGCUGGAGGAGAACCCGUGGAACUGUUCGUGUGAGCUGAUUGCUCUUAAAACCUGGCUCGAGAGCAUUCUGUACACCGCCUUAGUCGGAGAUGUCGUUUGCGAGUUCCCCUUUCGGCUGCACGGAAGAGACCUCGGCGAGGUUUCAAAACAAGAGUUGUGCCCGAGGAGAGCCAUCGCUGAAUACGAGAUGCCGCCUCUGCCACAUCUGAGCACUGAUGCAUACCACAGGACCACACCAGCUGCAGUCGCCGCCUCCUUCACCUCCUCUGGAGUGGCGAGAUCCUCAUCAAGGCCCACCAAGGGACCUCGUCAGUCAGCCAAAUUAAAAUCAAGACCCACAGCACGCGCGCCCUCAAACAAACCGCAGAAUUUCGGUCAAAUCGUGUCUUAUCAGACCAAAUCUCCCGUGCCUUUAGACUGUCCGACCGCCUGCACCUGCAAUCUGCAAAUCUCAGACCUCGGCCUGAAUGUGAACUGCCAGGAGCGAAAAAUCGAACUAAUCUCUGAUUUAAAUCCCAAACCGUACAAUCCCAAAAAGAUGUAUCUCACAGGUAAUUACAUCACUGUGGUGCAAAGAUCAGAUUUCACUGAAGCAACCGGACUGGAUUUGCUUCAUCUAGGUAACAACCGGAUAGCUCGUGUGCACGACAGAGCUUUCGGCGACUUGACAAAUCUACGUAGACUGUACCUGAACGGGAAUUUGAUAGACCGCCUGACAUCUGAAAUGUUUUAUGGUCUAGAGAGCUUACAGUUCUUAUAUUUAGAAUACAACGUCAUCAAAGAGGUUGCUGCUGACACUUUCCAGCACGUACCCAAGCUCCAGCUUCUCUUUUUGAACAACAACCUGUUGAAAACUUUACCUGAGGGGACGUUUAACGGCUUGAUAUUGGCCAGAUUAAAUCUGCGCAGCAACCACCUGCGGUAUCUUCCGGUGAGUGGUGUGCUCGAUCAGCUCACAGCCCUUGUCCAAGUUGAUUUGUAUGAAAAUCCCUGGGACUGCGCUUGCAGUAUAUUGGACUUGAAGAUGUGGGUGGAGCAACUUAGCAUGGGUACAGUUGUGAACAAUGUCAUCUGUGGCUCCCCUAAGAGGCUAGCUGGGGAGGAUAUGAGAUACAUUAAGUCAACUAAUUUCUGCCCUAAUAACUCUGACAUACUUGCUUCCAUGAUUCCACCCACUGAAGAGUUUUUUCCAGGCAGCACCAUCACUAUAGAAACCUCCCUGGACUCCAACAACCACUACAGCACCAUACCAUUGUCCGUGAUGAUUCUUGCUCUUCUUCUCAUCUUCAUUAUGUCCGUUUUUGUGGCGGCGGGAUUGUUUGUGGCCACCAAAAAGAGGCGGCAAAAGACCCAAAAUGAACAGAAUAACUCUGUGAACGCAUGCAUCAGCUCCCUCAAUAUGGAAUACGGUCUUUAUAAAAAAGGAUCGAUUCCCAAAGUCCGGACAUCGGCCGGACACGUGUACGAGUACAUCCCAGCCCCUACGGAAUCCUCCAGCAGACUUACCGCCCACAGCCCGACCAACAGCAAGUCGGUCGACGGGUUUAGAGACUUUGACGAGUUGAGCGGCCCCUUUCUGGGUACCUCUGAUGAAGAGGCGGCCAGUAAUGUGAUAAGUUCAGAAUACAGCGCCGCCACUCCAGAGCCUCUCAACAAACCUUCAACCCCUCGCCAAGAGGACCCGUGCUGCUACAGGGACACACUGGAGCCUGACAAGAACAGAUGCUACAGCGAUACGUUGCCUUGCAGGCACGGAGCGCAUUCGUCCAACAGGUAUACCUCAGAUUUUGAUGCCAGACAUCAAUAUCCGGACAGAAUACAGCAGACAAUAUUGUAUUGUACAACACCAAGUACUGUUUAUGUGGACCCUAACCGGAGUGAAUACUGGGAACUGAAAGCCAAGCUUCACAUCGAUCCAGAUUACCUGGAGGUUCUGGAGAAACGAACUACUUUUACACAGUUUUGAAGGACUUCCUGUCCCUAAGUGGGCAGAAUGGAGGCGUUUUUUCCAUUGGAUUUAUUUUUAUUUGGAACUAUAAAUGUAAAAAAAAAAGACUCUUUAUGUGAGUAUGCACUUCUUUAUGGAAAAAAACAUGCUCAACAGAAGUGAUACAGCGAUGCACGACCCACUUUUCCAAGCAUCACUUUAUCCCUGUGUGGUUUAACCGUCCCGUUUAAAUGUGUAAAUAUUAACAGGGCUAUAAUGACUCAUCCUAUUGUCGACUUCUCUCCUAGAGCUGAAUCAUUGACAGUAAUGCGAGAAGGAUCUCGAACUCUCAAGUUAGCUGCAUUUCAUGAGUGUUAAUGAACCGUGUCGACGAUAUGCUCUCUCCCACAAAUAAAUCCAUUUUUCCUGACAGAGAUGCACAAUCUGCUGCCAGUUCUGUCCAAUCGAAUUCAAGCAAAAAAAAGCCAAAAGAGGAGAUAAAAAUCAAGUUUGGUGGAAUUAUUUUUAACUGUGGCUGAGGCUGCCCGUCACUUUGGUGAAGAGGAGCUGAGCAACCUUGACAUUUGUCAAGAAAGUGUUCUCCGACUAAACAAAUAGAGAUGAGCACAUUCAUGUAGGCAGUUUAUGUUGGAGGCUUCAAGGAUACCCUGACAAGACUGUUAUUCCAAUCUCCUCCUCGUGUAACAGCACCUCUCACCAUCGAGGCAAAAUGAUUAUUCUAAAAAAAUCACAACUUAUACAUUUUAAUGUGGUUUAAGUGAGAGAAAGUUACUUUUAUUCAUUAAUUUGAAUCAUUUAAAAAUCCAACCUGGGGUAUUUUGCAUACAUCAAUCAAGAGCUUAGAGUUGAAACACUGACUGAAGCCCUUCAAGCUUCUUGCAACCCUGAACAGACUGAAAUGGAACCGAAAAUUAAUGGAUGGACGUCUUUCAGUUUUGUUCUGUACUUACACAAACACAGUUUACAGGAGUUUGAAUCCCACAGGGGGCUGUUUAAAUUCCAUUUUACUUGACAUAAUUUAUGUAUGCAAUUUCAUGUAGAGUUGUAAACUAGUUAUGAAGCUGAUUAAAAGUAGUUCCUUGGGCUACGACAGCUUGCAUAGUUGGAGACACAGAAUUUUUAAGAAGUACCAGAUUUGUUUUAGAUUUUUUUCUACUUAUGAUCAGUUUGAAUUUUAAGAAUGUUUUGGGGUCUUUCAGGGUUCACAUACUUCUAGAGGGACACUCUUGUAUCAUACCUGCAAUGACAGACUUUAGUUUUGUUUCUGCUCAAACAGCUAUCCUUAAAAAAAAAAAGGCUUAUCUCCUGCUUUUAUUUAAAAAAAAACGAUUUCAAAUUUGUUCAAAGCAGGUUUGAAAAACUCUUAAGAACUUUUAUAAAGUUUUCAAAAUUCCAGCAGUUUGAAAAGGAGUUGCUAAAAUUUUCGGAAAUUUGAUGAAACUGUCACGAGCUCAGAGUUACGAGUGUGCAACAGACCUGGUGGUCCAGUUCUAAAUCCUUGUCAGAGACAUGGUUUGCCUUUCCGGUGAUUUGAAAACUGGCCAUCCUUAACUACGGUGGCCAUGAAGUCCAAAACACAUUAAAAAAAAAAUCACUCAAUGCAAAAACUUUUUAAAAAACUCCGACAACUAAAGACGCAAAACAGAUAAAUAAAUUUAAAAAACUGCAUAAAAAAAGUAAAAACAUUUUGGAAAACAAAAGUAAGUUCCAGAAAUUAAAAUGAACAUGCUUCUGCUUUUCCUCUUCUUCAAAACUCAUUCGUCAUCAUCCAAUCAGUGAUCUCCCACAUCACCUACACCUUUCCUGGUUUCUUAUCUAGUUUUAUUUUACAACAUUUGUACUAUUUAUUUAUUUUUUUUAAUUUUCUGUUUCUUUUU